CGCGCGUCCAACAUGGCGGCCAUGUUACUACAUUUAGCUGCUAUUAUUUAAUUUCAGCUUGUAAUGAGUGUAGGUCUUUCUCGGGCGUAAGAGAUAACGAAAUGAAGCUAGAGUAACGAUGUCGCGACGGGAGUUGAUCUCUGUUGAGAAAACGACCAGAAAACAGAUCUAUUCUAAGCCACUAGACAGCCCCACUGUUCUUGAUGCACUUGCUGUUUUUGGUAAACUUUGCAAGUCUUCAUAUGGCCCUACAGGGAGGUUAAAGUUUUUACAAACAGCCCUCGGAGGCCAUGUGACCGUGACAUCGUCAUGUGCCACCAUUCUGCAUCACUUGAUAUCUUCUUGCCACCCCAUUGUCCACCUGGUUAUGCUUGCUGUCAAAGGCCAUCUGGAUGUAUAUGGGGACGGUGGACUGGCAACAUGUAUCUUGACCACUAGGCUUAUUGAAACAUCUAUCAAACUAGCAAUUCCUCGCCAACUGGUGGUAGAAGUCUAUGCCUAUGCUCUGGGUAUAAUGACCAGUUACAUGGUCUCUGAGAAACAUCCAUGGAAAAUGAAGCUGGAUGUCUCGGACAUGAAGAGUAUGAUGUGCUUAUUGCGUAGUGUCUUGCAUACUAAGCCUGCAUCCUGUCUAACAGAGAGGGAUUUGAAUCACAUGUGCACAACACUCCUCAAGGCUUUCCUUCACUCUCUCCCAUCAAUGUCAGAUGCCAUCUCCCAUCCACUAUCACCCUCACCUGUACAAUUCCUCCGGUGUGAAGGAAGCGCUGUUAUUGACUCUAGGGUGGUAGAUGGUGUCCUCCUACAGGCUCCUUCUGUUUUACAGCCACACCAUCAGCUGAUACAACAACCUGUUAAGGUGGCUUUGUAUAACAUCUCCAUGGCAACAGAUACUGAGGAAUGGUUCAGUGAUGUCACCACGACAACUGUAGACGUCUCAGACAGUGGGCUAAACACUGGUAUCUUAAAGCAAAUGAUUGAUGUUGCCAUGGUGCUGGUGUCUGCUGGAGUGGGAUUGGUUGCCUGUCAAAAGUGCAUCCACCCAACGCUCAAAAGGUUUCUCAAAGAUAGGAAAGUGUAUGUUUUUGACCGUCUGUCUGUGAUGCACAUCAAUGCUGUUCAACGUUUGACUGGUGCUACCUUGCUCAGUACAUUCACAACUGACAUCCCUGAGCACUGGUAUGGCCAACUUGACAGUAUUGAAUACACUGUCAUAGCAAACAAAAGCUAUCUUCACCUAAUCCCAACCCAACCCAUGACAUCAGUGUGUACUGUCAUCCUGUGUUCGCCUGAUGAGUCAAGUCUUGAGGAGCUCCUCUCUACUUGCCAAUCCGCCAUGUCUGUCCUUGCCCAAGUGGUUGCGUACCCAUGGGUAGUACCUGGGGCAGGUUGUAUGGAUACUCACUUAGCUGGGUUUCUCAGGACCAAGGCACUCAGGGAGAAAGAAGAAGCUGCCAAGAACCUGGGAUGUACUCGAGCACAGUUCCUGGACAUCAUAACAAAUAUCGCCAAGUGUUUGGAAUUCCUAGCCUCAGCCCUGGAACAUGACCAAGGUCUUCAUUUCCUGGACUCGCGGUCACACCAUCAGUGGAGUGUGCCUCCUGGGACAGACCCAUGCACUGAUUUGUUGUCUCGUGGCGGACGACGCCAAAAUAUGACGCCACACACCUUGAAAGCGCCCUCAACUGAACAUCAAGUCUCUAUGGAGUCAUAUUCAAGGUUGAUAUCACACGAUUGCAUAACAUCGCACCUCAUGAAAGUACCCUCUGUUAUGGAGCAAGACUCUGUGAAGUCAGAUUCAAACAUGGUUAAACGUUAUGAUAUGACGUCACAAAAUGACAUGGUAUCACAUAAUAGUAUUACGUCAUACAAAGACGCGGUAUUACACAAUGGCAUGACGUCACGCUUGGAAGCAGUGUCAAGUCAUAUGCCAUCUGAUAGUGUUAGCAUGACUCCUUCAGUGGUGUUAAACCAAAGUAAAACUAGCGAUGGCAUUGGGGGAGUAAGGUCUGAUGACGUCCCCUUUUCUAGCUGUAUGUGUGGUUUGAUGUCUUCACGCGACGCUGAUUUAGUACCAUUGGGCAGCAUUCAGGAGGCAGUGCAAGGGUUAGAUGUGGUGUGGGCGGAUUUGCAGAACAGAACGUUUGAUAGACAAGUUAUUGAAAGUUUGCAGGUGAAGGUGAACUCAUAUAAAACUGCAUUUAACACGACGACGGCCAUACUGAGAAUCAAUCAUCUGCUGAUGGAUUGAAAUGACAUCACCCUCCUCAGCUGGGAUUCUGUAUAAAGCUAUACGACACAUGUCUUACCAUGGGACACAAAUGAAAUGAAUAAAAAGAAACUUUGUAAAA